UAAUCAAUACUACUACUUGGGAAAGGCUUUGUAAAACUAUUCAAGAGCAAAACAAACUCAAGAUAUUUAAGAUAAACAGUUUUCAGACUUUAUCAAAUAAUGUUCUUUUGUCCUUAGAAAUUCAAAAGCAUUCUUUAGUUCAUAUUGAAUUUAAAAAUAUUAGGUUUAAUAAUGUUGAUUUAAAAGAUUUCAAUAAUUUAUAUAAUUUAGGAUAUUUAAAAUUUGAAUGUUGUAAAGGUAUAUUAUUAAAUCAAUGAGAGAUUUUAAAGGUUGCUUCAUUUAAGCUCAAGGAACUAUCAAUUAUAUGUAAUAAAUGGAAUGCUGGUGACACAUCUUUAAUGGUCAAAUAUUUUGGUACAUCAUUACAAAGAUUAUUAGUUGAACCCCUUACAAUUAAUCUUAUUGAAAAUAUAUCGAUGUAUUGUCCAAAUCUUAUUUAUUUAAAAUUAGGAAUUUAUUCAUGUACCAAUUUAUCAGUAUUAGCAUAUUUUAAAAAUUUAAAAACUAAAAUGUUAAGUAUUACUAUUUUUCAUGACAUUGAUAAAUUUUUUAUAAAUUUAGCAAAUAAUAUACCUAUUAAU